UAGGACUCUUACUAAACUUGUACUUGUAAUAGAAACGAGCAUCAUACGAUUCCUACGCUCCUGUGUCCGAUCCCUAUUUUUUCUCUCGCCUCCUUGUCUCUCUAUCAAGCUCUAGGGUUUCUGAACGAUUUGUUCGCUCACGAAGGGUUUUGAACUGAGUCAAUUACCGGCUUCUAACUUGAGUUUAUCUAAUAGGAAAAGUGGGACUUGUAGCUUAUUGAUAUUUAUCUAGUUAGUUGUCUAGAAGUAAGGAUUUGGUGUUGCAGAUUAGUUUUUGUGAUAUAAUUUUUGUUGGAGGAAAGGGUUCUCAGCAAUGAGGAACUCAUGGGCGGAUUUGGUUGAAAAUGCAGCAUCUGGUAAUGCUGGAACUAGUGAUGGCAGUGGAGCUUCAGCUUCCACCAGGAAAUCUUCUUAUGUGCCACCUCACCUUCGGAACAAACCACCUUCAGCUGAAGCUCCAGCUCCCCCACAGGGUGGCCCACAGUCUAGGAAUGACAGAUCAAGUUAUGGUGGAUCAGCAAGUGGGUCAGUAUGGAGUGGACCUAGGUCUGAUAAUGGCCGCCCGCGAUAUGGUGGUGGAGGUCGUGGUGGCGGUGCAUGGGGUAGCAGAGGUGGUGGUUGGGGUAGAGAACAGGAGGUCAACCCUUUUGGUAGUGAUGAUAUUGAUGGUGAUGGAGAGUCUCCAAGUGAACAGGAAAAUAGUGGGAUCAAUUUUGAUGCAUAUGAGGAUAUUCCGGUGGAAACAAGUGGAAAUAAUGUGCCACCUCCUGUGACUACAUUUGCAGAGAUAGACUUGGGGGAUGCCCUUAACUUGAACAUUCGGAGGUGCAAAUAUGUCAAACCAACUCCUGUACAGCGUCAUGCAAUCCCCAUUUCUCUAGCAGGACGAGAUUUGAUGGCUUGUGCACAGACUGGGUCUGGCAAGACAGCUGCCUUUUGUUUCCCAAUUAUUAGUGGAAUCAUUAAGGGGAGUGUUCCGGAGAGACCACGAGGAGGACGAACUGUUUACCCACUUGCUCUAAUUCUUUCACCUACAAGAGAGCUCUCAAUGCAGAUACAUGACGAAGCUAAGAAGUUCUCUUAUCAAACUGGUGUUAGAGUGGUAGUGGCUUAUGGAGGAGCACCAAUGCAUCAGCAGCUCCGAGACCUAGAGAGAGGAGUUGAUAUUCUCGUGGCAACUCCAGGAAGAUUAGUUGAUCUGCUUGAGAGGGCUAAAGUUUCUCUACAGUUAAUUAGAUAUUUGGCCCUUGAUGAGGCAGAUCGAAUGCUGGAUAUGGGGUUUGAGCCUCAAAUCAGAAGGAUAGUGGAGCAAAUGGAUAUGCCCCCACCUGGUGAAAGGCAGACUAUGCUUUUUAGUGCCACAUUUCCUAGGGAGAUCCAGAGACUUGCUUCUGAUUUUCUUUCAAACUAUGUAUUUUUGACGGUUGGACGGGUUGGUUCCAGUACUGAUUUGAUUGUUCAGAGAGUUGAGCUUGUUCAAAAUAAUGACAAGAGAAGCCAUCUUAUGGACCUUAUUCAUGCACAAAAGGCAAAUGGAGUUAAUGGUCAGCAAGCUCUGACUUUGGUGUUUGUGGAAACAAAGAGGGGGGCAGAUGCAUUGGAAGGCUGGUUGUGCAGUAAUGGGUUUCCUGCAACUUCUAUUCAUGGUGAUAGGUCACAGCAGGAAAGAGAGCUUGCACUAAGAUCAUUUAAGAGAGGGGAUACUCCUAUUUUAGUUGCGACUGAUGUGGCAGCUCGUGGCCUUGAUAUCCCUCAUGUUGCACAUGUCAUCAAUUUUGAUCUCCCUAACGACAUUGAUGAUUAUGUGCACCGGAUAGGAAGAACUGGCCGUGCUGGCAAGACUGGAUUGGCAACAGCCUUUUUCAAUGAAGGUAAUUUGUCAUUGGCCAAACCUUUGGCCGAUCUUAUGCAGGAAGCUAAUCAGGAGGUACCAGACUGGUUGACCCGUUACGCUAGCCGUUCAUACAGUGGAGGUAGAAACAACAGGAGGCCUGGCGGGAACCGUUUUGGCGGUCGCGACUUUAGGAGGGACUCUUUUAACAGAGGCGGGAGUGGCAAAGAUUUCUAUGGUGGUGGAAGCGGUGGUGUUGGUGGAGGUUAUGGUGGUUACGGUGGAGGAGGAUAUGGGUCUGGAGGAGCAAACAGUGCUUGGGAUUAG